AGACUUUCUAUUUGAAUUCGCCUUUUCAGUUUUUCUUUUUCACAUUUCCGGUUUGAAGGAAACGUUCACUUACAGGAUUUUCUAGGCGAAGCUCAUUUUCUCUAGAAAGAUAGGGUUUUUCUUCUUUUAAAACAGAUGGUGGCUGACAAGGGAAAGAAAUCAAAGGUUACUGAAGUUGACGAUUCCGAUCAAACAGACGGGGACCUCAUUCUUUCUGUCGAGAAGUUGCAGGAGACCCAGGAAGAGCUCGAAAAGAUCAAUGAAGAAGCUUGUGACAAAGUGCUGGAAGUUGAGCAGAAGUAUAAUGAGAUCCGUAGGCCUGUCUAUCUCAAACGGAAUGAGAUCAUCAAAGAAAUUCCUGACUUUUGGUUAACUGCUUUCCUUAGUCAUCCUGCUCUUUGUGAUCUUUUGACGGAGGAAGACCAAAAGAUCUUCAAGUAUCUAGAUUCUCUCGACGUUGAGGAUUUCAAAGAUGUGAAGUCGGGGUUUUGCAUCACAUUUAAUUUCAAAGAAAAUCCUCAUUUUGAAGAUACAAAGCUUACAAAAACCUUUGCAUUUUCUGAUGAGGGGACGAAUAAGAUAACUGGUACAAACAUCAAGUGGAAGGAAGGCAUGGGCACUGCGAAUGGAGUUAACCAUGAGAAGAAAGGAAAUAAACGACCAUUGGCUCAGAGGAGCAGCUUUUUCAGUUGGUUUGAUGAAACUGAAUGGAAUGCAUCAGAGCCUCAAGAUGAUGUUGCAGACAUAAUUAAGGAGGACCUAUGGCCCAAUCCUUUGAAGUACUUCAGCAAUGAGGCUGAUGAAGAGGAUUCUGAUCAAGAUGAAGAUGAAAAGGAAAAUGGUGCCGGUGAUGAUGAAGAAGAAGAAGAUGAAGAUGGUAAUGAGGAAGAAAACUAAAGUUUCUUGCUUUGUUUUAUUCACUUUUUUUGUCUGUCGAUGAGGUUAAAUUUACAAAACUAGAUAUAGGGAGCUGGUUGGGUAGUCAAGGCAUUAUGCAUUUUGCAUAACAUAAAUUUUGCAAAUGUUCGUUGAAGGGGCAAUAUAUUUUUCCAUCAUCUAAAUUUUAAGGUAUUUUGACAAAUUCCUUUA